CUCGCAAUCUGGCAACUCUGGUGAGCUCCUGCGCGCCCCGCGCGUCAUGCUGCAGAGCGCAGCGGCGUGACGUCAGCGCACCGGAGCGCGCGAGCUCGGCUCCACGGGAGGAAAAUACCGGGGGAUAGACCGAUAGAGGGUUGAAUUCAGUGCCAUACAGACAACAUGUAAGGAAACAGAGGAAAACAGAAGAUACAAACCAAAAGGGUGUUUUUUCAGCAUUCUGCUGAGUCGUAUUUCAGAAGGUGGAAUGUGUAUAGAUUUUUCAGCAUGUGGAUGAAGUGUAGUGUCCUACAUGUACCUGAGAUGAGUAGAGGUCUCUGGUGCCUAGCCUGUUUAGGGCGGCGCCCAGUGGCCUGAGCCUGGCAUGGCCUCUCUGGACCUGCCGUACCGCUGCCCUCGCUGCGGGGAGCACAAACGCUUCCGGAGCCUGUCAUCACUGCGCGCUCACCUAGAGUACAAUCACACCUACGAGACGCUGUACGUCCUCUCUAAAUCCAACAGCGUGUGUGACGCCGCCGCACUGCUCCCACUGGUGGCCGACAGUGCCCUGGCUGCUGAAUCCCGCUUCCCCUGCUCAGGCGACGAGCUCGGGCUUGCCACGACCUCAUCCGCCGGUGCCCGCUACCUUCCCAAUGUGGAGUUCCCACUGGGUGAGAUCCUUGUGAAGAAAGCCAUGAGCUCAAUGGACCCCAGUGCCAUGGAAGCUGCUUAUGAGGAGGGCUUGGCACGCCUCAGGGCUCGGGCCUUUGAAAGGCUUGAGCUGGAUGAGAGACUGGAGAAACUGUCUGAAGAAGUGGAGCAAAAGAUUGCAGCACGUGUGGGGCGCCUGCAGGCCGAGCUGGAGAGGAAGAGCUCGGAACUCGAGAAGGCCAAGCUGGAGAGUGAAAGACUCAGCCAGGAGAAGCAGGAGUUGGAGGACAAGGCCUCAGAGCUGUCGCGGCAGGUGGACGUCUCGGUGGAGAUGCUAGCCAGCCUUAAGCAAGACCUGGUCAACAAGGAGCAGGAACUCACACACAAACAGCAAGAGGUGGCGCAGAUCGAUCAGUUCCUGCAGGAGACGGCGGCGCGGGAAGCCAGCGCUAAAGUGCGUCUGCAGCAGUUCAUCGAGGAGCUUCUGGAGCGAGCAGACAGAGCGGAGAAACAGCUCCAGAUCAUCAGCAGCUGUGGAACCACACCGAAUGGGAGCCUGGGCCACUGUAGCCUGCAGGGCUCCAAAUCCAACGGCAGACAGAGGAACUCUAGUAUCUCUGGAUCAAGGGGCAUGUACCAGGUCUCAGAUCGACGUUCAUCUCCCAGUACUGGGGCGUCUGGUCGCUCGAAGUCUGUGUCCCAGGCCUCGGUGGCGGGUUACGACAGUGACAGUGUGGAACUGCAGCCACUAGAGGACAGUCUGGAGGCUCAGUACUACCAUGGGCAGAAUCGUCCCAGAGAACCGUCACCUUAUGAGCGCCGCAACUGGGGCCUCCGCAAGCAAGCCAUCCAGAACUGGCAGCGGCGGCCGUACCGCAACAGCACGGAGGGCGAGGAAGGGGAUGUGUCUGACGUGGCCUCGCGCACCACUGAGUCCGAGGCGGACAUAUGGGAGCAGGAGAGGAGGGGGGAGUGUCAGCAGCAUUGCCAUCACCGUAGCAGCUACCGGCUGGGGACAGGCCGUUCUGAGGGCUGCUACAAACCCUGCCGUCAUGAGAAGAGCCCAUCCAAGACCAGUGAGGUGGUCAGCCCUGAGGUGCUCAAGAUGCGGGCGGCGCUUUUCUGCAUCUUUACUUACCUGGACACUAAAACCCUGCUGAGGACAGCCGAGGUGUGUCACGACUGGAGGUUUGUGGCACGUCACCCUGCUGUGUGGACAAGAGUGCUGCUGGAGAACGCUCGCAUCUCCUCUAAGUUCUUGUGCACACUCUCUCAGUGGUGUACGCAGACCCACUCUCUGAUCCUGCAGAACCUCAAACCAAGGCAGAGAGGAAAGAAGGAGACCAAGGAGGAGUAUCUGAAGAGCACACGUGGGUGUCUGGAGGAAGGUCUGGAAGCCUUGCUGAAAGCAACAGGAGGAAAUCUGCUCAUUCUGAAGGUGUCUCACUGUCCCAACUUGCUGACCGAUCGCUCUCUGUGGCUGGCCAGCUGCUACUGUCGAGCUCUACAGGCCGUAACAUACCGAAGUGCAACGGAUCCGGUUGGUCAGGAAGUUAUCUGGGCUUUAGGAGCAGGCUGCAGGGACAUCAUCUCCCUCCAGGUGGCGCCAUUACAUCCCUGUCAACAACCAGCCCGCUUCAGUAACCGGUGCUUACAGACGAUUGGCCGGUGUUGGCCACACCUACGAGCCUUAGGGGUGGGCGGAGCUGGAUGUGGUAUACAGGGAUUGGCUUCAUUGGCGAGGAAUUGUAUGAGGCUGCAGGUGCUGGAACUGGACCACGUCAGUGAGAUUAAUCAGGAAGUGGCAGCUGAAGUGUGUCGUGAAGGUCUGAAAGGUUUGGAGAUGUUGGUCCUCACCUCGACUCCGGUCACGCCCAAAGCACUUCUUCACUUCAACAGCGUCUGUCGUAACCUGAAGUCCAUCGUUGUACAGAUCGGUAUUGAAGAUUACUUUGAAGACCCCAACAGCCCUGAGGCCAGAAAGCUCUUUGAUGAAAUGGUGAACAAACUCCAGGCUUUAAAGAAGAGGCCAGGCUUUUCAAAAAUCCUCCACGUAAAGGCUGAUGGUUUGUGCUAAUGUCCUCUACUGCCAGAUGAACUGCGUAAAACCCACCAACUUCUCCUUCAUGGAACAAGCUGAAGCUCUAACUUAAGUUUCAGCUACUGUGACAACGACAAAAAGGAAACUACAUAAUCACUACAGCAUCAUGUCGAAAACAAUUUAUUCGUCUGCGGCUAAACAAACGCUUUCAAGGUUUUUGGCUCCGACCGAUAAUCUACUGAAGUCUUCUUGAGACUGCAUUCAAGCUGGAGAGUGUCAGAUCACGUUGACCAGAUCGGAUCAGUUUUCACUGGAUACGUUUAUAGCACAGAGCUGCAAUUUUCAGCCAAGGAAAAGAAAAAGGAAACGGUCCUAGAUUAGAGCCAUGUGGAACAUCAUAAGAAUAAGAUACACACUUAAGGAAAAUGGCCUUGGAGUUGAGGGUAUGCAGUGCAUUAUUAAUCGGUAUUAAACAAGAAUGAAAUUUUAAAAAUCACCGAUCCGAGAUCGCAUUCUUGCGAGUGUAUUGCACAAUAAGACUACCAACUUACUGUUUUACAAGGUAGGACCUUUUUUGCCCUAGCAAGCAGGAUGUAGAAGAAAUUACACCAACCAACGUGAAGGAUUUUCAUACCAUAACAUUCUAAUAACAUCAUCAUCUUCAUCAUGCUGCUAGCAAACAUCAACGUGUUGAAGGUUUGACUCGCCUGUUAAUCCGAAAUUCUGCAUUUGUGGAAUAUUGUGCAUCCACAGUGCUUUAAUUGAAAUCUUAUAAAAACAAUCAUCAACCUCAUGCAGCUCAGCUCUCAUUAGCACCAUUUUAUAACAGUUAACACAUUUCGAAUAAACAUGUACAAAGUGCCAUAAUUGUAGGGGUGAGCAACAUGGCCGAAAUAUCGAGAAACUUUCACAAUCUCUUUGUUUGUUAGCAGAUCUCCAGAACACACAAUAUUUAAUCAUCGCAGUUUUCAUCAUUUUAUUUAUCAUUUUUUCACUUAUUGAAAAGUAGAAAAAUAAAAUCAUGUAUUAAUGCCCAACCUGCUACAUGGCUACCUUUGUUUAAACAUGUAAAGGGAUUGUGGAAAAAAAAAUCUUUCAUAAAGAAAUUGGGGAUAAAUUAAUAACCAAAUACUCUUAAAAUUCACAAAUAGCGGUUCCUCCGUUUGGUGAUGCUUUGUUUUAUUAUCGAAAUAAUUCAGAAAUUAAAAUCAAACAUACUAAAUUUAUUAAUAAAACAUUUAAAAAAACAGUUGAACUACUAUUGAAAAUAUAAAAUAAAUUUAUACGAUACGAUCUCACGUGGCCAUAUUGCUCCAGACCUGCUUACGACAGUUGUGUAAAAACAUGUAAAGUGCUGUAAAAUCACAUGGUCAUAUUGCUCAGGUGUGGCACCUUUCACAUUCUGCCUUCAGUCCUUACAAAAUACUAUAUUUUACACUCUUAAGGAAAAACCUGAACAUUUAAGGGGAUCUUUCUGGUUUGUUCCUCAGUGUGAACCAUUAAACAGGUUGGUUUUCCUAUCAGAGAUGAUUUCAAGAACCAAGAAACCCCCAAGGAACCCCUAAGGAACCCUUGUGCUAAGAGAGCAAAGUUGGAACCGAAUAGCUCUCAGUAGAUAAAUCUUCAACACCUCUGUAUCUGAGCUAGGGAGGUCUUUUAACAUUUCUCACAAAUCCAUCCUGUAUUUUUUAUUUUUUUUUGCCAUUUCCAUAUUAAACCACGAUUUAAGACCUUUCAGUGCAUCAGAGCUUGACGUCUCCUUAAGCAAAUGCAAUAACAGUCAUGAUGCAGAUGUCGUGAGGAUUUCGGAGAACUUACAGUUCCACACCAGUUUUGUCAUCAAGCUUUGGUGUUUUCACGGAACCAGGGUUUAGAGCUUCAACCUUUUAACUCCAAGUGCUUUAGUCCAAGGAAAUCACUUCCUGUUGUGCGGUGCAGUACUUCCUGUAUUAAAUCCCCACAUCGAGUUUAUCAAUUUCUAAAUUUAUUCAACUCUGCAGUUUCACUCAGUCUUUCACUCACAGUGACCUUCCCCACAAAAUAAAAGGUUGGAGGUAAAAGGAACCACUUCUCGAUGCUGAUGUUCUUGCGAGUCUCAGAUUUGAGGACCGAGUAACGGUGCACUGCUUCACCAAGGCCACAUUUUCAGUUCCUGACAAUCUGUCUCCUGAAGACUUAAAGCUGUACAUACAUUAUUUAUGCACAAGCGAAGAAUUACAUUAUAUACACACACAAAAAAAGAUGAUGUUCAGGAGCUUCGUCGAGCUCCGAUGUUUUUUUCUUCCCAAAGUUCUUCUUCUGUGGUGCUCAAGUCAACCACAUGAAAUAUCUCUUCUGAAGAGUUGUGUUGAAUUUGCAGUAUGUUGUGUAUCAUAGAUGCUUUAUAUAUUGAAUGUGUAUCAGAGUCCUAUAGAGAUGGAAAAUUAUUUAAAAAGAGAGCAUAGAGUUUAUUCCAAACUAUUUAUUUCUAUAAAAAAUGUCUAUAAUGAUGUUUGGCAUGUUUGUGUUCAAGCAUAAAUACAUCCUGUUGCCUUUGUAACUGUUGACGAUAGUUGCUAGAAUUUUAGACGUAAGAGCUUUAUACUGCUUGCUGUUUCUUUUGAUUUUUUUAGGGUUUUUUUUGACUGAACAAUCUUUGCGCCAUGAUAUCAAACAAAAAAAAAAAUGAGGAAAAUGCUAGUGUUUAAGUAUUAAGGUGUUAUUUGAUGUCACUUUGUUUAACGUGGAGCUUUUUGCAGUAUUUGACAAACGAUGCACUUUUUUUAUCCGAGCUCUUUCCGAGGUCACGACCGCUCGUUCUGUAAGGUUCCGGUAAUUUUUAGCCAAAAAUGCUAAUCUGUCAACGCUAAGCUUUAUUGUUAGCAACAUCUCUUACAACAGAUAGGUUUUGUUCUACUGCAGGAACCUUUUCUUGAUGUCGAAGACUUUUUAUUUACAAUUAAAGGAACCAGAACUGAGUUUAGCUCUUGGGACCCAAUUCAGGAUCUUUUAAGCUCCUGUUCCAGGAAGAACCCAAACUUGAACUUACAGAUUUUUACUACCAUGCACAUUUCUUGUUUUAGCUUAUUGACCAUAGAACAUUUCUCUACCUCAGUUCAUCUGAGACGUGCUCCAAACCUUCUUAUCCAUCAGUAUUAAUAUCAACAGCUGAAAAACUGGAAACUGUUUAGAAACUCCAUCCCAAUGAUUUCUGGUCUGGUUUAUUUUUUUCUAACUGUUGCCAAGGAAGUAAACUCUGGUGGUGGUCAUGUGUUCACACUGGCACUGAAAUGGUUGCCACAGUGAAAGACUUCCAUCUACCAGAAUAAAAAGACAAAAAUGAUGAAAUCACUAACCCUAACCCUAUGAAAUCACCGUUCAUCAUUUACAGUGAAUGGAUUUGGGCCUCAGUGCUGCUGUGAGUGCAGAGAAAAGUUCCUGGAAAGGUUCUGGAAAAGGUUCUGUUUUAGUUUGAUCAAACAUAGCAAGUCGAAAACCAAGUAGGCAAAAAUAUGUGGAACUGAAAAUAACAAAUACUGUUUGAGUGAGUAGAAAAAAAGCCACAUCAAUAUCUCUCAGUCCUGUUGGUUGUCAACGUAUCCCUUAGCUUCUUAUUUGCAUAAAGUUCAACUUUAAUUGAAACUCAGUUGUGUCACACUGCUGACUCCGCCCACUAGGUCUUGCUAAUGGUUACUUGCCCUCCGAUGCUGAGAAACUCCAUUUCUUUUUAACAAUGAUUUAUUGCUUCAUGACACUGCUGCUUAAAAGUUCUGCAAAAAGUUCUCUAUUCUAAAACAAACCCUCUGCAAGUCGUAACAAAAAUUAGGAACCAAAAAAAAGAAACAAACCUCAAUCUUUCUGCUCAUCAGUAAAGGCUUUUAAUUUGCAUAUCCUUUGCCCUGCCUACUUUGUACUGCUAGGUGUUUCUUGGUCACCGAAAGCUUGCUUUAUUGCUUAAUUUCACUGCUCUAUAAAGUUCCUCGAAAGAGAUCCAGAAAAGGUUCCUGUGGUGUAAAUGCAUAUUUAUUUAAAGGUAAUGUUACAGGCUAGUCUAUGAUGGAGAUCCUGAAACCAUCAUGAUAAACGGUACAAACAUUUGUGCAUAAGUUUUUAGCAUGUAGAAACAGCACACUUAUGUUCAUUUCUGUCUUUUAGUCCCAUGUAGACGGAACCUACAGAACGUGCAGCCUGCACCGGUGCAAGCACAUCCGUUUUCUCGACUACGAAGGUCGUUGUAGAAAUCAGUUGUAGUGGUGUUUGUUGUUUUUAAAGUACCCGGUGUCGUGCCCUUUUUCUUACGUGGCUGUUCUAUGAAAACAUCUGUAUCCAUAAAGCUCUUAUUAACACCGUCCAGACGACACGCUCCUCUGACACCGAGAUAAGGCGUGUACGUGGAAUAACGAUGCUACAUGAUAUUUAUGACUCGGUGUGUGGGAAAAAGAUUGCUCUUGUUUUCCCAGAUUAAAAUGGUGGAAUGGCACAUUCCUGGACUACUCUACUCUACACUAUUUAUACUGUACAGAUCAAUAUCAGCGUCAUGAUUUUACUUUCAGCAUUUAUCGGAAACGGUCCGUUCUCGCUUUCACCUCAUCUCCUGGAUUCAGCGCCGGCGACGCUUGAGAGAUGCCUCUGGAAUAUUUAUUUUUAUCUCUGAUCCGCUUUGUGCCAAGGAAUAGUUUGGCGAAAAACCUGAAAUUUUCCACUAAAUGCUUGGUGUCACCACGUAGCUAAACUUUUUGUACAAUUUCAGGUGGCGACUUUGAACAUCUGGAAUUACAGGAACAUCUGCUGAAGUUGUUAGGAACAGACGUGUUACGUGUUUAACAUGAUUGCACAUGCUAUCUAAAAAUGAACAGAAACAAAAUUAUUUUCAGGAUUUUUUUAUAUUAUUAUUUACCAAACAUUAUGGAGCUUAUCAGUAUUGUAUAGGUCUGGGUGUUUAUGUAUUUAUUUAAGAAAACAUUGCGUUGCAGAUUUGUUACAUUAGCAUCAAAGCUCCAGCACAAAACUAAAGAACUAAAUGUUAGUCAUAGAUGACGAAGUGGAAAAUGUUCACGUUUAUCACCAAAGCUUUUUUUUUUUCCUUAAAGUGUAAAGCAGCAUUUCUUCUGAAGCUGUACCUUUUCUGCACAUGUUCCUGCUGUGAAUGUAUUUUACAUCCGUCAGCCAGGAUUUAAUCCUCUUGAAAGCAGUGUACAAAAGUACGAUUGCACUUUUGUUUAGAUUUUUGUUACAGACUGCACACGGAGCAUGGCCGACGUUUCUGUACAAACCUUCCUGUCGCUGCCUGGCCUGACAACUCCAUUUAUCGCUUCGGUAGCUUUGCCUGCUCUUAAUUAACACCGCCAUCAUGUGUGUGAUAAGAUGCAAACGUUUACAUUCUGGGUUUCAUGCAAUUUUAUUCCAAAA